AUGUCGCCAGAAAAAACGAAGUUAGGUCCAAGUCUGAAUGAUUCACCAGAAUUAGCCACCAUAGUAAUAUUAAAUACUUUACCAAACGUAUUGGAAAUUCCAGUGGAAAAGCAAGCACCAUCAGUUCCAGCUUCUACAGCUUCCCUUUACCCACCACACUCAUUUGCUACGCAAAACAGAUUUAUUCGGUCAAACAUUCAACGUGGAACUCCACGUUAUCAGCCGCCGUUGAAAUCGCAAUACGUUCAGUCAUCACGACAAACUAUUGUUCAAUCAUCUCGACAGAGUAAUUUCGUCAGACAAGUACCUAUAACCCCGGGUUCGCGGGGAACCAUUGCUUUACCAAGACGAUCAGUUUAUCCACAUGGUAUUCAAGCUCCCGCUUCACAGCCGACGCUUUCCACACGUCGAGAUAGUGUACGAGUACCGCAGCAACAAUUUUCCAGAAAUACAGUUUUUGCUCGUUCGUUACAUCAAGCUAGUCAAGAAAAUUGUGAAAACAGCAACGCCGAAAAUAGGUUACCGAACAAUUAUUCGAUUAAACAGGCAUGCGAAUUUUAUGGUUAUGACUACGAUGCUCUUGUUCAAGAUAAAAAACGAAUCAAAUACACUGGUGCUGGUUUAAUCGUUAUGGAACAAACGGAGGUUGAUGAAGCACUAUUAAAAGGAAUCGAUGUUAAAUUUGGUUUAUAUUAUUAUAAAUAUGUCAGAAUGCCUGGUGAAGAGUUACCGGACAAUAUUUUUAGUCGUUUAACAGUACCAGUUCGUAUUGAUCAAAAUGAGCAUGCGACUGCACAACGAGCAUCUAGCAUGCCACGUUCAUCAAGGGCACAACGGCAAACAACAAGACUUUUAGAUUGUUUUAAAGAUAAAACAAAUCCAGUUGUCGCAGAAACAGAAACUAAAUUUGUGCCAACACAUCUAGGAUCAAUACCAAGUGAAUCGAUUCCAACUUUACCAGUUAACGCCGUUUCUCAUUAUCCACGUUCUACUACUGUUAUGGGUAUCAAUGAAGAAGCAUCACGCUCACCAUGUUUAAGUUAUUCUAAACGAACUUCAUCGACGAUGAAUAGCAAUGACAUUAAUAUGAAACGUUCACAAACACAACUAUUAGAAAUAAAUGACCAAGAAUUUGUUCGUGCUGAAAAAAUUAAACAAAUAAGAGACAAAUGGGAUUUAUUUUAUCAACGGGUAAAAAACUAUCUCGACAAAAUAGAAAAUAUUGGCAAUAAUACAUUAGAACAAACUUUACUCGAGACUAAAUUAAGUUUAUUUGCAACUCUAACUGAAAAUAUCGAUGAUUUAUUAAGAAAUAACGAAAUUUAA